UAUUUUAUCCUUUGGGGCUCACUUUAGCCCCAAUGUUCUUAAGUGGUCAGAAAACUGGAAAGCCUCGAAAGAACUACAUGUCAGUUAAACGCUAUACAUUGUGAAAACCCAAAUUUAUUUUCCAUUCCAAUAAGUACAUCGUGCAUUCCAAUAUGAAGGGAAAUACUGCGGAAAUGAGCACUGCGAUUAGAAAGUUCCUUUCAUACUUGCAGAGCACUGGUCUCUAUUCUCCGAAAAAAUUUAUUCUCAGAGGAAAAAUCUCAUUCUCCAUUUUAACCAUAACAGUGUUGGAGAUAAUCGUUGCUACUGCUUUCUGUUGGAGAGAAUGGGAUAUAAAUUUCAGGGUAACAGCACUCGAAAAUUUGAAUAUGGCGAUCGGUAUACUUGACAUCGCUAUAGAAAGUCAGCUAAUGCAUGAAAAAUUAGAGUCUCAGUUGAAACUGCUUUCAUCGGGAGUGUUUCUGUAUGACGUGACUCAAGAAGGGUUGAAAUUGUCGAUUUUCAAAGAGAAGGAAACGUUUGUAAAAUAUUUGGAGAGAGAAAUAAUAGCACUGACGGAGAUAAUAGAAACUUCAAUGCGUUGGUUCUUCAUUGGCUGCAACUUGUCAUCUUUCUGUGGAAUAAUUGUCUACCUUUUCAAUCAUGAUUUGAAUGCUCUCACUUUGCCAAUAGUGUUCUACAAUCCUUUCACCCCAUCUCCGUCUGUACCAUUUGUGGACUUCAAGCAAUAUUGCAUUGUUUUCUCAAUUGAGUUGUGGUACAUGUAUGUGAGUUACAAGCUGACCCUAAGCAUGGGGGGAUUCCUAUUUCUAUCUGCUGAUAACGUCAUCAGAGAGAUCAAAUCGUUCCAAAUGAAUUUACAUGAAUUGAGUUUGAACUUCGAUGCUAUUGAAGCAGAAGACAAGCAUGUCUCCUUUGAAGAUGAAAGGUAUGAAGGAAUGAAAAAAGUUUUCAGGAAAAUUUGUGUGCAUCAUCAAAGAAUAUUCAGAAAAGUUGAAAUGUUGAAUAAAGGAAUUGAUUUCAUAGUAAUUUGUUAUAAUCCAUACCUAUGCUUUCAAUUGUGCUUAGCAAUCUUCUGCAUUAUGAAAGUUGAUCUCCUUUUCAAAAUUAAGUACGGAUUCGCAUUCAUAACUGUUCUUGUCAUUACAUUCAAAUAUUGUGAGCUGGGACAAGAAUUGGAGAAUGAGGGAGAAAAACUGCGAAUGGCUCUAUACACGUGCAGUUGGACUGGAAAGCCCUCUUGGUUUGGCCGAUCUCUAUCGAUUAUGAUGAUACAAAGCCAUCGAGUUCCCAAAAUAGAAGCAUUUCGAUUCCUCACUCUCAAUCGGAUAAAUCUACGAGUGAUAGUGCAAACUGUUUAUUCAUACUUGAAUCUAUUGACAAGAGUCUCGAGGUGAACAAAAAAUUUGUUGAAGAUUUUCCGGAUUUCAUAGAUUAUUCAGGUCGAUUGUCUAGAAAAAAUACAACCAUUAUUUCACAGAAAGCGACUUAACCUGCAUGAUUAAGGGAAAUAAAAAAUUUGUCCAGCAUAUUCUUUGCUUUCAUUCAAACAUCACACCAAAGAUCUUCCGAUUGUCAUUAAAAUUUAUAUAUUUUGAAUGUAUUGGAAUGUUAAUAUCAGUACCAUCGACUAUUUACAAAAUAGGAUGAAAAAGCACAUAAAAUAUUCCAGGACUCAUUUCAUUCAGCACAUGGCUAUCAAAACAUAUAAUUCUCAAUUCAUAUUCUCAUAUACCAGAAAUCGUUUACAUAAGACCUGUUAUUUUAAUAAUAUUAAAAUAUCAGAAUAUUAUUCUGAUAUAAGAAUUUUGAAUGCAAUACCUCCCAUCAAUAUAACUCAAUUCAUGUC